AUGUCACAAACUUCAUCAGAACCCGUUGAAGCCUCAAAUGCAGAUCACUAUCUACCCAAAAAUCUAUCACUACCUUCUUAUGUUCCUUUAAACAGGUCAUUUCAGCGUGAUUUUGAGAAAAUAUUUCGCGCCAAUGUCAAUGACGUGACAACACCAGCGAUCAACCAGCAUCGAUUAACUACCAAGAACUAUAUCAAUUACAUACUUGAGAAUGACUCUCUAGAUUUUGAUGAGACUACUCUCAAAAACUUUGCUCUUGGUUACAAGCGAAUUUUGGAAUCACGAUGCAAUUUAAAGAAAUUCGAAUCAAUUGGUUCCGAUCCUAGAAUUACUGAAUAUUUGAACACUACACAACCCUUGACCUUGGAGACACUUGAUUCAUACCACUCGAGGGAUAAGCCCAGCUACGAAGAAAUAAUCUCUCAAUCACAAUCUAUAACAUCGACGGCCGAGGUUGAAAACCACUUUAAAACGGAUGAAUUUUAUCAAUUAUUGAAGAGUAUCACGUUUGUGAUUAAGCACCCGGAAGAGCCAGUACCAGAUGAGGCAGCCGAUGACGAGGAUUUGGGAAUUAGCGGUGGUACGAUUUCAUUAAAAGAUCCAAUAACGUUGAACGUAUUUGUUGACCCAGUGAUUGCUACCUGUGGCCAUACUUUUGAGUCCCUGAGUAUCCGGCAAGAGAUCCAACAGCAUCAUCAGGGUGGAAUCAAGUGUCCUAUCUCAGGUUGUGAUAACCAUCUACUAGUGAGUAGUUUGAAAGAAGAUAUGUUGAUGAAAAUACGAGUUAGGAGUGCAAGCAGACAUAAUAAAACAAAUGACGAUUUAGAUAUAGUUCACUAA